AUGGCACCGGACUUGAAUUCCCUGCCACCCUCGCGGUCUUCCUCGACCUCGUCAUCGCUGCCCCAUCGCCAUACUUCCACCAUCUCUCCCGGCACCACGACUCCAUCGCAAGCCGGUCCUCAUUCGACGGCCACGCCCAGGCGCACUUCCCGAGGCUCCAGCAUCGGUCGCCUGUCCGUUUCAGAGCGACGCCGAUCUGCUGCUGGUAUGCAUCUCAAUCUGAACGAUCCGCCCACUGCAGCCUCCAACGUGGGAGACGGACCGUGGUCUGAGCAUCGCAGCUCCAUGGGCUACGCAUUUCGCACAGCGAGCCCGAUCAGCCACGGAGGUAGUCCUAUCUUUGCAACUGCCGAUCCGCAUCACCAGCGCGCUCCAUCUCUGGGAGAGCUUCAUCAGGAACUGGAGCAGGAACAGGAAGCUCAAGUGGUAAGUUGGAGCGCAAUCUUCAAUGCCCGCACUUUUGCGUACACGCGCACUCUCUUGGACCCGCCAGAGGAACAUCGGUUGGGGCGAAGCUCCAUCUUUUUGAGUGCAUGCAUGGCUAACCAAGGCUUUUUUUCGGGUGCAAAGAACCGCCUGCUCCAGAUGAUCCGUAGCCAGCAAGCCCAGCUCCAGCAGUACCAGCAACAGAACCAGCAUUCUCAGUCGGCCGCUUCGGGCACCGCAGUCAUCGACGAUGCGCCUACUCCGGCAUCCGAGCGUUCCUUCAGCUUCUCGCCCGCCGGUCAUCCAUCGGCCGCUGCGUCCACCCACCGGUUCUCGCUUUCGUCUCUGUCCAACCGUCGACCCUCCCGGUCGACCAGUCAAGCUACUUCACCAAACAUUCUUCCCCGAGAGCCAUCCCGGGCCGUGGAGGGGAUGGAGGCGUUCCCGAUUCUCAGAGAUAACACUUCUCGACGCGGCAGUCGGGAUGAGAGUGCGUUUCAUCAGGCCGAAGCUGCGAUGCUUAAUCGAGAGAAUCAAAUGCUGCGACAACGCAUCCGCGAGCUAGGUGAGUCACGGAAAAGAAAAAUUGGAUUCGACUUGCGUCUUGGAACCAGCCAAGAUGAAGACGAAUCAGUCCGAUUUCCUCAGCUAACACCCGACUUCUUCUUCUUCGCAGAGCGACAAAUCAGCGAACUGACCGUCGCCUCGGCUUCUGCACCACCUGCUCCUACCCGGCCAGCGCGACCUCGACCUCGGAGCGUGAAGAUGGCCAGGCAGGGGGUGCGCCGGAUACGCGUGCCAGUGACGCCAAGGACUGAAUAG